GAAACCAUAGCAGCUGCACUGCAACUUAACGCCAACCGAGCCAACACGGCUGUGGUUGAACGGCUACAACAGUCGCUAUCACAGAGAGAGGGGGAUGUGCAGUCACUUAAGAAGAAGCUUGUGCGUGCCGAAGCAGCGCAGGCCACCCAGGUGUAUGGAAAUGGACUCAAAGAGGCCUUUAAUAUGCACAAAUCAAAUGGCGACGCCUACGUAUCUUACUUAGAGGCCCAAUUGGAUGUGCAGAGUCGACUGGAAAAGGUGUGGUUGACAUAUAUGAUGUAG